AAUAGAGGGUGUCCGGUAAAUAUGGGAUCCUCUUAAUACAGGUUUGACUGUAUCAGUGAAUAAACAGCAGCCUAUUAUUUGUAUUUACCCGACAACUCCUCGCUUACAACUCAGAGGUAUUUGAGUUUCCCGACGACCUAAUUUUUUUUAGAGUUCUUUUGCAAAAUUACGCUUCAUCGACAAAAUCACGAAAAAGAAACUACGAAGCAGCAUAUCCCACCAAAUGUUUUGCAAGUAUCCCCCCUCCCCUGGGGGCUUUCGUAUCACCCGAUUAAGCGCCAGCGAACCGCGCAUUCAUUUACAACAAUGCCGUAUCUAAUCGAAGCAUCAUAAGACCGAAUUCGAAUUGUUCCAGUAUCCCUUUCUUCUUUUUUUUAGUUAAACCAUCCUCGGAAACUUAUUUUCCUGGAUUACAAAGUUUCUCAAUUUGAAGCAACUAUACUUUGUUAUUAACAUUGCUAUAAGUUUACAAAUAUGAUGAUCAAAGAGCGCGGUAUGUCAACAUCACAUCAAAAUAAUAAUUCAAAAUCCCUAAAGGUCAAUAGCUUUAUCAUAAAUAUGACAUUUACCCUCGAGCGAAGCCAGAGGACGGGUUGGUAAACCAAACAGUGAUUGCAACAGCGAGAUAUGUAAGUUAUUGAACAAUCGUGAGGUCCGUAUUGGAAAUAUUGGUCAAAUUAUUUAUUUGCCAGCUAAGUUGCACAAAAUGAACGAAACUAAUAUUCACCAGUACGGACCGAAUAAGCCAAUUCAAUAAAGUAUUUACUUCGGAUCUGAAGCCUGGUUUUCAGAUCACUAGCGACACAAGCACAAGUGCAAACACAAUAAUUCUUAUUUCACCGUGAAAACGACCUUGACGCAGGCAUAAAAACAAGGAUCAAUUUUUUUUUGCUUUUUCUUGUGCUUGCCCUUAUGCUUCCGUUUGAGCUGCAACAAGUGAAAACGAAAUACCGCUGAGGCGUAACACAUUGCAAGCACAUUGCAAGCACAAGGAUAUUUACCACACGUGGUUAUGUUUGGCCAAUGAAAACACUGUAUCCAGACUAGCUACCCCUCGCCUAAACAGUUUUUCAAAAUGGGGAAGGUUGGGAUGAUUUUGCUUGUGCUUGUGGUUGCGUCGAAUUUCGUUUGACUCGGGUCUAUUGUUUGAGUUUGUUCUUGCGCUUGUGCUUGCGCUUGUGGACACAACGUUUUUUUUUGUUAAGAUUUGGAAAACGGUCCAUCUUAGCGGUCCGCAUUGCAAAAUUCGGACAGCUCAGAGAACCAAUCAGAAUGUUCCUUUUCGUCCUGGAUCACUUUGCCAUAUAAUAAAUCAGCAGGUUAUUCUCUACUGUUUGUUGUUUCUAUGAACCCCGAAUUAGCCCCUUAAUGGCACACCACUUGUCAGUAGUUUUUAGCACUUGUUUAUGGAUGUUGAUCUAUUUUUAUUAAUUUUUUAUGGCCAUCAGUAUUUUCUUUACAGGCAAUAUCAGGAGGUGAUGGGCUCCUGGCAAGGUAAAACUGCCCGCAGUAUUGGAGUGUUUUGGUUCAAACGUACAACACAAUCAAGUGAUCGUCCGUUGUGCAUUUUUAUUUCGUUGUUUAAUGUGUCAUCUGUAUCGACCUGAAAAUAAAUUAACCGACGUGCUAGCAACUGUCAUCAAACAAUCACGACCCAUUUUUCGUGCCUGUGCUUUAUGUAGUUUCUCGAUGCUUCGUUUUGAUAGAAAUCAUACCCUGGCGGCCGAAAAAAAACCACUUUAAAAUUACUUCAAUGUUGGAAGUGUCCAAAAAGCCGUUUCAUCCCUAUCUCAUAAAGUAUCCAUGGCAACUGUGUCUAUUUCCAUUUGUGUGACACUCACGGGGUGUUCAUUCAAAGGUCACAUGGAAAUUUUCGUGUAGUUUUCCUGGUCUCUCAGCAAGGCAAAAUGCGCAACGCUCACGAAAUCUGUUUUUUUCUUCUCUUCAGUCAAGCCUCAUGUUUAAGUGGGGCAGUGAGUACAAUAUAUGGCGAGCCGUCAAACCAAACACAGUUGUGUGACUAUACCUGUGCAGACUUCUCAAACACAUCGAAUGCUCUGCGUCGCCCUUGGGAAUUUUAUUCCAAGUCUCGGAUCCACAAAGCCCCAGAUGUGGCUAAGAGACGCCUGGUGGAUCGCAUCAUGAUGGAUGGCAUUGUUGGAGAGAUGCAUUUAGAUAUGCAGAAAGUCAACAGAGAUUUUCAAAGACCCCUUCGAAUCAAUAUUGACUCGGGUACCGAUGUUGUAUCUGGUUAUUUUUUCAAUUUCCACGACCACAAGCCAACGUUUAAAGUGGACUCAAAAGACCAGCCGAGGGUAUCACUGACUGGAGGCCCGUUAAACUCGACUUAUCUCAUGGAUCAAUUUCACUUUCACGUUUACUGUACGAGGGAGGAGUCUGAACAGAAUACGCUAGACAGAGCGCAAGUUCCUGGCGAGAUACAUAUCGUUUUCUUCCGUGAGAAAUAUCAGUCUUACAAGAAAGCUUUAAACAAAUUCCAAGAUGGCCUUGCCGUUAUUGCAAUCUAUUUAGAGGUUGGAGAGGAUGACAGCAACAACCAUCAAAUAGAGAAAUUCUCAUCUUUUGCAGACUACAUCUCACGUGAUGAAAAUCGGACAGUGUCAACCACUGCCUCAAUCAAAGAGCUAGCCACUCCUGUGUCUAACGAGCAUGCGCAGUACGAUGCGUACCGGGGGAACUUAGUGGAGCCUGUCCAAUGCGAGAAUUGUGUGGAUGUCUUUGUAAUGAAGGAACCGUUCAUCAUGUCUGUUAAACAGAUGACAGAAUUUAGGAAGGCGCCCCAUUGUGUGGAAAAUGACUGGGCGUUCUAAAACUGACCAACUCACCCAUCAGUGGAGUGGAUGGAACAUUUGACAACUGGACCGGACUCCUGGCAUGGAAUUUUGAACUUAACUAGCCUGCGUGCAAUCUUCCACUAUUUCCUUUCACCGCGUGAAAGAAGAUGUCCUUACACAGGACGUAACCAGAAUGUAUAAAGUAUGAUGAGUAAAUACGGUGUUGGUGGAAAUGAUCACAGCUAAACGCUUUUUGACUCUGGUUUUCAUGGACAGAUAUAUUCGGAGCUUUUGUAAAAAAGCAAAAUAAGACAAAAGGAACAGUUUUUCGAGCAAACCAGUCAGGACAUAGAGUACUUUAUGAGUAAUCAUUGCCAUGAAUUAACCAUCCUUUUAUCUGCCUAAAAAAUAUGAUUUCGUUGCGGACUUUGACCGGGCCGAUUCUGAGAUUGACUUCAUUUUCAAUGCUUUAUCUUUGGCAGGCCGCAAAUUGCAUAAGGACAUCAGAACCACCAUGGCGACUAUCGUCAAAAUGGUCUAACAAACUGGAACAG